AUUUUUAGUAACAUUAUAUUCUUUGUCAAUAGACACAAUGGCGAGGUUUGCGGGGAAGAAAUGCAGGCUUCUAUCCAUGUUAUGGCUGACGGGGAGCUUCUUUUUUGUGGAGUUAAUUGUGGGGUACAUCACCAACUCUAUGGCGUUGGUGGCAGACUCAUUCCACAUGCUGAGUGAUGUGGCGGCGCUGAUAAUCGCCUUCUUAUCAGUCAAAAUGUCACCAAAGAAAUGGUCGAAGAACACGUUCGGCUGGGCGCGUGCCGAAGUGCUCGGCGCGUUGGUGAACGCCGUGUUCCUGGUGGCGCUGUGUUUCAGCAUCACGGUGGAGGCGGUCAAGCGGUUCAUAGAGAUCGAGAUGAUACACGAUGCGAGGUUGCUGGUCGCCGUCGGCACCCUUGGGUUACUGCUCAACAUCUGUGGACUGUUCCUGUUUCAUGAACACAGCGGGCACGGACAUUCGCACGGAGGUGUUCCACCACCAUCCAACGUGAGGCACCUCACUGAGAUCGUGAACAGUAAUGCUGACAUGGCACUAGGCCACAACGCGACGGACACGGAGGAAACAGACGAAAUGGUCCCGCCUAAAGUCAGCAAAGUACAGAAUAAUAACAAGCAGACGCCAUGCAGGGCGAACAACGAUCCAGGACACAUGAAUAUGAAGGGAGUGUUCCUGCACGUCUUGUCUGAUGCUUUGGGUAAGUGUUUGAUUUGUUUGCGACUUAAUACUAAUUUUGAUGCGGAUGUUGAAAGGGCAAAAUCAAAAUCCUACCAUAUUUACCGUUAAAUUUGCGUUCAAUUG